UUGGUGUUAAAUUCUAUGCAGAAGAUCCAUGCAAACUUAAGGAAGAAAUAACCAGAACCACUUUCAACCCUGCUCACAGGGGGAAAAGAUGGCCCUGGGAAGAGAACUCCAGCAACAGAGCCUGCUGUGAUUACUACUCUGGAGGCAGAUAUCAAUUUUUUUUGCAGGUAAAGCAAGAUGUUUUACAAGGUCGCAUGCCCUGUCCCAUCAACAUUGCAGCUCAGCUGGGUGCAUAUGCAAUUCAGUCUGAGCUGGGAGACUAUGAUCCAUAUAAGCACACUGCAGGUUAUGUUUCAGAAUACCGAUUUGUUCCAGACCAGAAGGAAGAACUGGAAGAUGCAAUAGAACGGAUACACAAAACUCUGAUGGGUCAGGUGCCUGCUGAGGCAGAACUGAAUUACUUAGGAGUGGCCAAAUCGCUGGAAAUGUAUGGUGUAGAUCUCCAUCCUGUCUAUGGUGAAAACAAGUCUGAAUAUUUUUUAGGAUUAACACCAGUAGGAGUUGUUGUUUACAAGAAUAAAAAACAAGUAGGGAAGUAUUUCUGGCCUAGAAUUACAAAGGUUCACUUCAAGGAAACGCAGUUUGAACUUAGAGUGCUGGGAAAAGAUUGCAAUGAAACAUCCUUCUUUUUUGAAGCACGUAACAAAACCACGUGCAAACAUCUUUGGAAAUGCUGUGUGGAGCACCAUACGUUCUUCAGAAUGCCAGAACAUGAGUCAAACUCUCUAUCAAGAAAAUUCAGCAAGUUUGGAUCCAUAGGUUAUAAACAUCGGUACAGUGGCAGGACAGCUUUGCAGAUGAGUAGAGAACUUUCUGUCCAGCUUCCUCGGCCUGACCAAAAUGUUGAAAGAAGUCGUAGUAAAACUUAUCCAAAAAGAAUGGCCCAAACUCAACAGCCUGGACCCAAAAGCAUAAAUCAGGUUCCAGGAAAUAUGGAAAAUGGGGAAGAAGGAACCACUAAAAUUAUUGCACCUUCCCCUAUAAAAAGCUUUAAAAAGGCAAAAAGUGAAAAUAGUCCAGAAACCCAAAGAAGUAAAACAAGUGCACCGUGGGAGGAAAAUGGCCAUCCGAGUGGACUCUAUAAUUCUCCCAGUGACCACAAUAAAUCACCAAAGUUUCCUAACUCUCGACGACGGAACCCAUCAGGUGGCAGUGAAAAUGAAUAUGGGCAACAUGCUAGAAGAAGGAAAGCGCAGAACAGCGGUGAAGAUUCAGAUCUAAAGCAUAGGAGAAGGUCACGAUCUCGUUGUAAUACCAGCAGUGGUAGUGAGUCAGAAAAUUCUAACCGGGAGCAUCGGAAGAAGAGAAACAGGUUACGGCAGGAGAAUGACAUGGUGGAUUCAGCUCCUCAGUGGGAAGCAGUACUGAGGCAACAAAAAGAGAAAAACCAGGCUGAUCCGAAUCACAGGCGAUCCAGGCACAGAUCUCGAUCGAGAAGCCCAGAUGUACAAGCAAAGGAAGAGUUAUGGAAACAUAUCCAGAAGGAACUUGUGGAUCCAUCUGGCCUGUCUGAGGAGCAGCUGAAAGAGAUUCCAUACACAAAAAUAGAGACUCAAGGUGACCCAAUCCGCAUUAGACAUUCCCAUUCCCCCCGAAGCUACCGGCAGUACCGGCGGUCCCAGUGUUCUGAUGGCGAGAGAUCUGUUCUGUCCGAAAUGAAUGCAAAAGCAGAUCUUGUGCCUCCGUUGCCUGUGACACAUUCCUCAGAUGCUCAGGGUCCCAGCAUCCCAGCUUCACAACAGAGGCAAAAUGGGUCCAAAGAUAGCCUGAUAGAAGAAAAAUCUCAGAUAUCUUCUAGCAGCCUGGAUGGAAGACACCGUGCAAAAACAAUAAAAACUGUACAUGCAUCACGCCUCAAGAUAGAGACUUAAUUGCCAUAACUAAGAAUAAUAAAUGGACUCUGUUCCUUUGAACUUGGAAAUUACACAAGUUAAUAUAUACUUUAGCUGGAAAAUGUUUAUCUGGCAUAAGAAGAAAAAUGUGAACUGGAAUGGUGGUAAUUUCCUUAAAUAUAAAAUUCCAGUGUGCUUGUUGCUCUGAAGGGCAAUCACUGUUUUCAUCACUGGUUCCACAUACCAUUGCUUAGGUGAUUGCAAAUAAGUUGACUGGUUAGACUGUUCAAAGGUAAAGUCUUAAUAAAAUUCAGCAAUCUUCAGAUUCUGUAUUUCCAAAAGAGGAACAGAAGAAUGGCAGAUGAGACUUUGAUCUAAUUAAUUUAGUUGCCUGUUUCCAACAGGCAUUUGGAGGAAGGGGUAAAACCAUAAUACAACACUUGGCCAAUUGUGCAAUACUAGUGAGGAGAUGUCUUCCUGAUGUCAUCUGAUGAUGAACUUAUACUCUGAAGCAUGUUAUGUUUAUUUCAGUCUAAUACAACUGCAAGCACUGUUCUUGUUCAUAUAAAUGUUAAAUCUAAGUUUAGAUUUUUCUAAGGUAAUUGCCACAAUUAUAUCUUGUGGCAUUGAGUAUCAUGUACAAAGGGAUUUCCUUUCACCAUUUUUAAAUGUUGUCUUUUAAUUUUAGAUAUCCUCUUGUAACGAGACAGUACUUGAUUAGCCUUCUCUGUACUAUUAUUUUAUAUACUCCUACCAUAUCUCCUCUUAACCUUAAUCUUGUCCCUUAAAAACUAAAAUGAAAAACUUCUUGAAUGGCCCAGGGCCAGUGUAAUAAGAUUGCCUGGUACACACACAGAUUUGGAACACUGGCUGGACAAAUUUGUACUAUAAACUUUGGAAACACUUCAAAGUGGCUACGUAAGAUGGGGCUGGGUAAGGACAUGUCUAAACUAGGAAAUUAUUUAGAAAUAACUAUUUCAAAAUAAUAACUCCCAAAAUAAUUUCAAA